CCAGGGCGGGACCAGCCGCCGCUGUCUCCGUCUCGGUCUCCCGUCUCCCACAGCGCCCGGGCAGCCGCAGCGGGAGGAGCGGAAACUGCCGGCUCUGGGCUUUCUUACGGACCGGGCCGCCCUGCCAGCGCAUCCCCGGCCCUGCCCGCUUCGGUCCGGGCCGCUGCCAGCCGCGCCGUCCGCAGGGGGCCUCAGGUCCCCCCCCCCCCGCCCAGCUCAGCUCAGCCCAGCUCAGCCCAGCCCAGCCCGGCCCAGCCCGGUCCAGCCCGGUCCAGCCCGGCCCAGCCCGGCCCGCGCCUCCAUCCUCCGCCGCCGGGAUCCCACCUGUGCCGCCCGCGCCAUGGCGGAGCGAGAGAGCCUCGAGUUCGGCAAGGCGGACUUCGUGCUCAUGGACUCGGUCACCAUGUCCGAGUUCAUGGCCAACCUCCGGCUCAGGUUUGAAAAAGGACGCAUCUACACAUUUAUUGGAGAAGUCGUUGUUUCAAUGAACCCGUAUAAAUCCUUGAACAUCUACGGAAGAGACACAAUUGAACAGUAUAAAGGACGUGAGCUCUACGAAAGGCCACCUCACCUCUUCGCCAUUGCUGAUGCUGCUUACAAAGCGAUGAAAAGGCGCUCAAAAGACACGUGUAUUGUGAUAUCAGGAGAAAGUGGUGCAGGGAAAACUGAAGCCAGUAAAUACAUAAUGCAGUAUAUUGCCGCCAUCACCAAUCCCAGCCAGAGAGCAGAGGUGGAAAGGGUGAAGAAUAUGUUACUGAAAUCCAACUGUGUACUGGAAGCCUUUGGAAACGCCAAAACCAACCGUAAUGACAACUCCAGUAGGUUUGGAAAGUACAUGGAUAUCAACUUUGACUUCAAAGGGGAUCCUAUUGGUGGACACAUCAAUAAUUAUUUGCUAGAGAAGUCUCGAGUGAUUGUGCAGCAGCCCGGAGAAAGAAGCUUUCAUUCCUUCUACCAGUUGCUUCAAGGGAGUUCUGAGCAGUUGCUGCGUUCUCUGCAUCUCCAGAAGGGCCUCUCGUCAUACAACUACAUCCGUGGAGGAGCUCAGCUAAAGUCUUCCAUCAAUGAUGCUGCAGAUUUCAAAGGGGUAGAAGAUGCCAUGAAAGUGAUCGGUUUCAAACAGGAAGAGAUUCAAACCGUUUAUAAAAUUCUGGCUACGAUCCUCCAUUUGGGAAAUUUAAAAUUCAUAAUGGACGGUGAUGUAACUCUGAUUGAAAAUGGAAAAGUUGUGUCUGUCAUCGCGGAAUUGCUCUCAACUAAGUCUGAUUUAGUGGAGAAAGCCCUGCUUUACCGGACAGUGGCGACAGGACGGGAUAUCAUUGACAAGCAGCACACUGAACAAGAAGCCAGCUAUGGCCGAGAUGCUUUUGCAAAGGCGAUAUAUGAGCGUCUUUUUUGCUGGAUUGUUACCCGCCUCAAUGAUGUGAUUGAGGUAAAGAACUAUGACACCAUCAUCCACGGGAAGAACACAGUUAUUGGGGUCUUGGACAUCUAUGGCUUUGAGAUCUUUGACAACAACAGCUUUGAGCAGUUCUGCAUCAAUUACUGCAAUGAGAAGCUGCAGCAGCUCUUCAUUCAGCUGGUUCUGAAGCAAGAGCAGGAGGAAUACCAACGGGAAGGGAUUCCUUGGAAGCACAUUGAUUAUUUUAACAAUCAAAUCAUUGUUGACCUGGUAGAACAGCAGCACAAAGGGAUCAUUGCCAUCCUGGAUGAUGCCUGUAUGAAUGUGGGCAAAGUGACAGAUGAAAUCUUCCUGGAAGCCCUCAACACAAAGCUGAACAAGCACGCGCAUUUCUCCAGCCGGAAGCUCUGUGCCACAGAUAAAACCCUAGAGUUUGAUCGAGAUUUUCGAAUUAGGCAUUAUGCUGGAGAUGUAGUCUAUUCAGUCAUUGGCUUCAUUGACAAAAACAAAGACACCUUAUUCCAAGACUUCAAACGCCUCAUGUACAACAGUUCAAAUCCUGUGCUGAAGAAAAUGUGGCCAGAAGGCAAACUGAGCAUUACAGAGGUUACCAAACGACCUUUAACAGCUGCUACCUUGUUUAAGAAUUCCAUGAUUGCCUUAGUCGACAACCUGGCAUCAAAGGAACCAUAUUAUGUACGUUGCAUUAAACCAAAUGACAAAAAGUCCCCCCAGCUGUUUGAUGAAGAACGAUGCCGCCAUCAGGUGGAAUAUCUCGGGCUACUGGAAAAUGUGAGGGUGCGGCGGGCAGGAUUUGCUUAUCGUCAGACCUAUGAGAAGUUUCUUCACAGGUACAAGAUGAUCUCUGAGUUUACCUGGCCUAACCAUGACCUCCCUUCGGACAAGCAAGCUGUGAAAAAACUGAUUGAAGGCUGUGGUUUCCAGGAUGAUGUGGCUUAUGGAAAAACUAAAAUUUUUAUCCGAACUCCCAGGACACUUUUCACCUUAGAAGAACUCCAUGCCCAGAUGCUUGUAAGGAUUGUCCUCUUUCUACAAAAGGUAUGGAGGGGCACCAUAGCCCGAAUGAAAUACAAGAGAACAAAGGCUGUUCUGACCAUUGUCCGGUACCAUCGGCGUUACAAAGUCAAGGCGUAUAUCCAGGAGGUCAACAGACGCUUGCAAGGUGUUAAGAACAUGAAGGACUAUGGGAAGCAUGUGAAGUGGCCAACUCCUCCUAAAGUUCUGCAUCGCUUUGAAGAGGCCCUAAAGACGAUUUAUCAGAGAUGGAGAGCAGCCCAGCUUAUCCGGAGCAUCCCCCCUUCAGACUUGCCCCAGGUCAGAGCAAAGGUUGCCGCCAUGGAAAUGCUGAAAGGUCACAGAGCUGACCUUGGCCUCCAGAGAGCCUGGGAGGGAAACUACCUGGCAGCAAAGUCAGACACCCCUCAGACCACAGGCACUUUUGUCCCUGUUGCCAAUGAGCUAAAGAGGAAGGACAAAUACAUGAACGUUCUGUUUUCCUGCCACGUCCGUAAGGUAAAUCGAUUUAGCAAAGUGGAAGAUAGAGCCAUUUUUGUCACCGAUCGUCACCUGUACAAGAUGGACCCCACCAAACAGUAUAAAGUGAUGAAGACCAUCCCCCUCUAUAAUUUGACUGGGUUGAGUGUCUCCAAUGGAAAAGACCAGCUUGUAGUUUUUCAUACAAAAGACAACAGAGACCUCAUUGUCUGCCUUUUCAGCAAGCAGCCAACCAAUGAGAGCCGAAUCGGGGAGCUUGUUGGGGUCCUGGCACAUCAUUUCAAGAGUGAGAAACGCCAUCUCCAAGUCAAUGUCAACAACCCGGUGCAGUGUAGCUUACAUGGCAAGAAGUGUACCGUCUCCGUGGAAACGCGCAUCAACCAGCCCGAACCGGACUUCACCAAGAAUCGUUCGGGCUUCAUCCUUAGCGUGCCGGGGAACUAGCUGGCGGCCCCCAGGCUGGAUAGAGACUUUGGA